UUUUACGGUUAUUUUCAAAUAGUCCGAUGAAGUUUGAUCGUACAUCAUUGAUCGUCGUGCUGUGGUUGUAUACUCUAAAAUGUCAUUGUCAAAUUAGAGAAAACAUUUAGCAACGGCCUUAGUUUUUUGAUCUAAAAACUUUUCAAACUUAUAAUAAGAGUGUUCUUAACAAUACAAUGAUAAGAAAUUUGUAAAUAAAAGGAAAAAUGGAAGAAUGCAGAUUAGUUUCGGAACUACCGAAUAAAAUGGCACAUUUAGAUAUAAUGGGAAUAGGCGAAAGCAACGUCAACAAUGCUACGCCUGAACAGACUAGUUCACGUGUACUCAGAAAACGGAAAUCCUUUGCUCCAGAAGCGACUAAAUCUUCAAAUCGUCGAGUUAGUAUGAAACCUCGCAAACAUAAUAUUUCAGAAAAUGCGAAUCCCAAACAAAUAGAAGCGUUGUAUCUUAAUAAAAAAAUUAACACAUGUACUCAAACAUUAGAAACAAUUUAUGAGGAACCAAAAUCUAGUAAUAAUGAAUCAAAUUCUUUUAUCGGAGGACGAAAAAUUAAAAGACUGUUAACAUUCCAAAUAGGUAGCCAAUACACAAAAGAAAAAAUUAAAAAACGUCGAGCUAAAAUCAAGAAGCUGCUUGGAAAUAAAUCAUUUGUCAAUAGAAAGAAGAUACCCAUGAAUGUGUUUCUUAAGACAAUUGAGUGUUUGGAGUUGGAUGAAGUGAUCCACACUGAGAAUAAAACUAUUGAUAGUGUGAAAGGAUAGUGGUAAUGUGUACCUAAGGUAAAUCAGUUUUCUAUAAUAUCAUUUGAAAAUAACUCAAUACAACUGUGACAUUUAAUAAACUUUUGUUUAAUUUUUG